AUGAAACCUUCUGUUCGUUUUAACACACCCUUUGAUGACGAAGACGAAGAAGAUACUUUGCCAGAAAGGGGUGAUAAUUCUCACUUAAAUUUCAGCAGAUCACCGAGUUUUGGAAAUGGUCGUAAUAAUGGUAAAACUAGUCAUGACCCACAAAAACCAUUUCAAGGUCAGAACUUUGUAUUGUAUGGCUACGAAGAAUCUGAAAAACAAAAUCUAGAACAUAUGAUAAAAAGUCAAGGCGGCUCUGUAUCUCAAUCGCUUAGCAAUCGGACAACAUAUUUUGUUAUGACAAGGUCAAAAUAUAAUACUGAAGAGAUUGAAGACAUGGUGCGUUUUAAUAAAAGUAUUCACAUAGUUUCCGAAGAUUUUGUUUAUGAUUCGGAAAAUAACGUACAUCAUUUACGUGAUGCAGAAAAAUCAAAUUCUUAUACUGGUCCUGUAAAUGAAAAAUAUUCUAGACGUCAUACUUUCCAUCAAAGUAAUAGCUGGGGUCCAGAUUCUACGAAUGGUGACCAUAGCCCUUAUUUAUCAGAUGAACGGCCUAGUGGGUUAAAUAAUAGUGGUUCUGAGUUGGACGAAAUGUCAUCCGAUGAUUCUGAUUCAUCAGAAUAUGGUGAUAAUAUAUUUCUUACAAACGAUGCUGUGGAAGCUGAAAGUCAGGAUCAUAUGGAUAAUCCUACGUUAAAUCCAAAUUCACAAUUAUCUCAUGAUAUGCAAAAGGAAAGAAUGGAAUGGCAAAGUUUUUUGGCUUCCGUCCUUACUGGUGAAGUCAUUAAAUCGGAAAAACGUCGUCUGUCUGGCACUUCACGGCAGGCGUCUAACAUUGCUUAUCAUCUAUGGUUUCAAAUAAACACGACAUUACGUCGCUUGCCUAAUGAUUUAAAUGAAAGUCGUCGACAGGUUGACGAAGUUCUUAAGGAAGUUAUAGAUUUUGAGGUCAAACCUGGUGAUGUACCAGCUUUUGAUCAAGUUGUUGAAAUUCUACGAAAAGUUGAUGUAUGUGAAAGCCUUUAUCCUUCACGUAGAGCAAUGAUGACAGAUAAAGCUUUAUAUAAGUCACCAGAAUUUCAAAACAAUUUGGAUGCGUUAAAUUCUUGGCUUACAGUGACUAGAAGUUUUCAAACGCAAUUAAAAAUUUUGCAAAACUGGACCGGAAGUGAUGAUCUAGAAAUUGCCAGACCUAAGGAUGCUCCAGCUGAUGCUGAGAAUCCUUCUUUUCUUGAACGAAUAUUAAAAGAAAAUAGUUUAAAACAGACAUUCGAAAAACGUACACUUUCUACAUUAACUUCCCUUUUACUAAAAGCUAAACGCGUUAUGAUUGAAAAUGCUGUAAUAUUUGAGAAAAUGAAAUUACCUCCUUAUAUUGAUGAAUUACCUCAACUUCUAAAUUUCCCUACAAAACUCAUGAAAGAGUGUAUGAAACUUUUACUUGAAUAUGCUAAUAUUCUUAAUGAUCCUACAACGAUGAUGGUACAACAGAUGAUGGAUGAUUUUCAAAUUUCACUUUCUUUGGCUUGUAAGAUAAAACAUCAAUAUUUUGAGCUUGUUAAACCUACAAAAGGAUGGAUGAUACCGUCUUCUAUUGAUGAAAAUUAUGAUACUGUGUUAUUGGAAUCGUUAAGAUUUUAUUUAACGCUAUUACAAUUAAAAAUUAAAUCUGGCUAUAAAACUGUUUUCUUUAAAGAAGCGGAAAUUUUAGAUUCUGAAUGGGCUUUUUUGAGUGGAAUUUGUCGCCACAUUGCAGGUGGUGAAACUGAGACUGCCGAACAAUUUUGCAUGCUUACGAACAAAUUAAUCCAAAGUGUCAUAACUUAUUUUGAUUCCGAACUGGACCAUGUACCUAAUGAUCUCGAUUGCGCAAAUAAAUCGAAAGUAUAUAACAAAAUCCUGGACAGUGUACGAUUGAGAUCUCGAAAGUUGUUACGUUUCACAAAAUUCCUUUUGGGUGAACUUGAAAAUGCAGCUGAAUAUCAUAUUGAUGAUACGAAUUAUCCUACUUUCAUAGAAGGAUUGGAACGUACUAAUCAUGUUCUUGUAUAUCCUGAUACUUUUAAUGAUGAUGGUGUAUGUUUUAUUGUUGAACCUUCUCUUCACGAUCGUCCUGAACAGAUACAAAAAUUGCUCAAAUCUGUUCUUGCGUCUUAUGAUAAAAGACCUGAUGAUAAAAAACCUGAUGAUAAAAGACCUGAUGAUGAUAGCGAGAUAAAAGGCCUUGAAUACGUGGUCAUACUGUCACCCAGAGUUAGUUUUGAAUGGAAUGGUGUUGUCAUGGCUGUAUCGAUGGAGCAAUUUAACCUUGACCUCAAACCUCAUCAUACCAGAUUAGUGGCUGAUGGGGCUUACCGAUUACAAGCGUGCAAGCAACGUUUUCGUAAAUCUGUAGAUAAUUGUUACAUUAAAGUAUUGACGGAAACACGACCAAAUGUUCCUGAUGCUAAUCGUGAAGCGACAAAGAUUAAAAAGACUAUUUAUAAAUUAGUUAAUAAAAUAAUUGAUAGUGUCAAUACAAUACGUAAUAGGACAAGAAAUGGAGAAUGCCAAGACUUAGUUGAAAAUUGUUUUAGUUUUGCUACCGAAGUCGGUCAACGCGCUUUUCGUUAUCUUCAUCGUGAGGCUUGGCGUUCUCACUUGAAUGUCAAAUUAACUAGAAUGUCUAUUGAUUGGGUUAGUUUUAUAUGUGAUGAUUGUGUCCCAACUGAUCGUAAAACCUUCCGAUGGGCCGUGAUUGCGUUAGAAUUUGCCAUGGCAACUAAUCGUGGUAACAAUAUUUUGAGUCUGACCGAAUCUGAGUUUGCAAUGUUACGUAGUAAAGUCGGUAUGUGUAUGAGACUAUUUAUUUCCCACGUAGAUAUUAUGGGUGCAAGAUCAUCAUUUGAAGCUCAAGAACAACAACGUCAAGGAUCUGUUGGAAAUGGCGAUAUGGGACAAUCAAUUGUUCAACAAGUGAAGAAAUAUCGUGGUCAAAUACAUAUUGGUGAAUGUGUUAAUGCUACGCAAGAAGGAUUGAUAGCUGCUAUACGCCAGUUAGAAUUCAAGCGCGCACAAAGAGAACAAGAACAUCGACUUGUAGGAAAAGUUCUCGAAGAAGAUCAGCAAAAUAGACCACUUGUUUUCUUGGCGUCAUCUAGUUCUAAUAUUUCACUUCGUUGGCAACAAGGAAAAUUUAUUGGUGGUGGUACCUUUGGUUCGGUUUACUUGGCAGUAAACUUGGAUACAGGUGAUCUUAUGGCUGUUAAGGAGAUUCGAUUUCAUGAUCCUAGUUCACUUACCAAACUUUAUAAACAAGUUAAGGAUGAAAUGUCUGUUAUGGAAAUGCUUGAUCAUCCUAAUAUUGUAUCUUAUUAUGGUAUUGAAGUGCAUAGAGAUAGAGUGUACAUAUUUAUGGAAUACUGCUCAGGUGGAUCUCUGGCAUCUCAACUCGAACAUGGGCGUAUUGAAAAUGAGAAAGUAGUACAAUUUUAUGCUUUUCAAAUGUUGCAAGGGUUAAUCUAUUUACAUGAACAUAAUAUAGUACAUAGAGACAUAAAACCAGAUAAUAUAUUGUUAGACCAUAUGGGAACUAUUAAAUUUGUUGACUUUGGAGCUGCAAAGAUUCUCGCAAAAAAUCAAAGGACAAUGGGACGUACAACCACGGGUCCAGGGACGAAUGUUAAUAGUUUAACUGGUACACCUAUGUAUAUGGCACCUGAAGUCAUAACUGGCGGUGAAAAAGGCCGUAAAGGAUCAAUGGAUAUAUGGUCAUUAGGCUGUUGCGUUUUAGAAAUGUCAACAGGACGACGUCCAUGGUCAAAUUUAGAUAAUGAAUGGGCCGUAAUGUACCAUGUAGUGACAGGUCAUCCACCGUUACCUGAUCCUUCUCAAAUAUCAGAUUUGGGAAUUGACUUCCUUAAACAGUGUUUUACAAGAUCACCACAACACCGUCCUUCAGCCGAAGAAUUACUUCAACAUCCUUGGAUGGCUGUCGCACCAAGAGCAGUUUCAUAG